AUGUCAUUUGGAGGGAAAAAAUUCAGAUCGAGAAAACAGCAGUUAGCGUAUGAAGCAUCGUUAGCAGGACGAUAUAAAAGAUCCCUGAGCAAGCACCCCUUCUUAUACUUUGGUUUACCAUUUUGCGCAACAAUAGCACUAGGCUCUAUUUGGUUAUCAAGCUUUACAGCAAUCAAAUAUGAGCGAAGUGAUCGUAAAGUCCAGGAACUUAAUGAAGAAGAUAUAUUAAAAAUGAAGAAUAGUCAAAGAGAAUUCGACAUAAAAGAAGAAUACUACCGUCUACAAGGUCUUUCAGAAGAGGAUUGGGAACCUGUGCGUGUGACUAGAUUAAAGGACGAAUCAGAAAAUGUUUGGUAA